GUCUGCUUCCACAAACGAGAAGGUCAUUGAACUGAAAACAAUUUUUGGUACGAUAAACAGACUGUUUAGCCCAAAACUAAACAUGGAAUUCCCAAGUGAUGACGUCAUCAGAGAACUAGAGAACAGAGAGUACAGUGUAGAGGAAUAUUUCUCCAAGGCUGAGCUGGCCAAACUAUCUAAUGUAGAACUGCUUAGAUACAAGAACAUGAGGAAGAAUUAUGAGAUAAUGCUGGCUGUUGGACUGCCUGCUGUGAUGCCUGAGUUUAUGAAGGGACCCAGAUCUAGAGCAAAAAGAAAACCAAAGAAAGUGGAAUCAGACAGUGAUGAGGAAUGGACUCCGUACAAGUCUACCAGGGAAAAGAAACAGACAGUUAGGUUUUCAGUCCCAGUAAAGGAGCAAAAGGAAAAGAGACCGAGGAAAAUAAAGACUGAAAAAAGUAUAAUCGAGACAAACAAAAUAGAGCCACGUACAUAUCCACUUCGAGUACAAGAAAGACUUAAUUACAUGGAUGUUGAAGUGCCAGAUGAUGACGAUUUUAUUUAUUGUGAGGAAUGUAAUCGGGAACAUGAAGGUGACUGUCCAGUACAUGGUCCACUGUUAGUGGUCAGUGAUACAGAGCAACCCCAAGGUAUUCCUGACAGAGCCAAGAAAACCCUUCCAAUCGGCCUCUCAGUAAGAGAGUCAAAUAUUUUCAAUGCUGGACAAGGUGUAUUUGCUGAUAAAUUUUUCCUGAAAAGAACCAGAUUUGGUCCAUAUGAAGGAGAAGUAACUGAAAAUCAGGACGAAGCCCAAGAAACUGGAUAUGCUUGGCAGAUAUAUAAAAAGGGCCAACCAAGUCAUUUUGUGAAUGCCUUUAAAGAACCCUGCAGUAACUGGAUGAGAUAUGUCAACUGUGCUAGAUCAGAAAUAGAACAAAAUCUAGUAGCCUUUCAGUACAAAGGACAGAUAUAUUACAGAUCUUUUAAAGACAUUUCUGCAGGGACGGAACUCUUGGUAUGGUACGGUCAUGAUUAUGGGAAAGAACUAGGGAUAUUCAGAGAACACAUAGAUGUUACUCCAAAAAUUGUGAAUGGAGAGGAAUUGUUCUGUUGUCCUUGGUGUCAAAUGGGAUUCAGCAGUAAAGAGUUUAUGGAAAAACACUGUAAAUAUAAACAUGGAUACAGUUUGUUCAAGAAUAUUGAGCCAUAUACAGGACCUGAUGAUAUAUUUCCUUGCCAAUAUUGCAAACUCUGCUUUAGUACCUCUGACUUUCUUAAAAGACAUGUAUUGCAUUGCCGAAAGAAAGGAAAAGAAAAUAAUGUCUGUUCACAUUUAAUCAGACCCUUGGGGUUUCAGGUUGUAAGACAAGUGAAAAGGAGAUUUUCAGAUAUCCUUACUGAUACUCCAGUGUGCAAGAACAUCACCAUUGCUGACAGUAUAUCAAAACCUGCAUAUUCUGAGAAAAAGCAUAUUGAGGAGGAAGCUAAAAUUCACGUAAAACUAACUAGAGGUAAACAUCAUGGUGAUAAGCCAUAUAAAUGUGAUGUGUGUGGGAGGGCAUUCAACCAGUCACAGAAAUUACAAGGACACAUGAGAACACAUACAGGUGAUAAGCCUUAUAAAUGUGACGUGUGUGGGAAGGCAUUCAACCGGUUAGGUAACUUACAGAGACACAUGAGAACACAUACAGGUGAUAAGCCUUAUAAAUGUGAUGUGUGUGGGAAGGCAUUCAACCGGUUAGGUAACUUACAGAGACACAUGAGAACACAUACAGGUGAUAAGCCUUAUAAAUGUGAUGUGUGUGGGAGGGCAUUCAGCCAGUCAAGUCCCUUACAGAGUCACAUGAGAACACAUACAGGUGAUAAGCCUUAUAAAUGUGAUGUGUGUGGGAAGGCAUUCAGCCAGUCAAGUCCCUUACAGAGUCACAUGAGAACACAUACAGGUGAUAAGCCUUAUAAAUGUGAUGUGUGUGGGAAGGCAUUCAGCCAGUUAGGUCCCUUACAGAGUCACAUGAGAACACAUACAGGUGAUAAGCCUUAUAAAUGUGAUGUGUGUGGGAAGGCAUUCAGCCAGUCAAGUCCCUUACAGAGUCACAUGAGAACACAUACAGGUGAUAAGCCUUAUAAAUGUGAUGUGUGUGGGAAGGCAUUCAGCCAGUCAAGUCCCUUACAGAGACACAUGAGGACACAUACAGGUGAUAAGCCUUAUAAAUGUGAUGUGUGUGGGAAGGCAUUCAGCCAGUUAGGUCCCUUACAGAGUCACAUGAGAACACAUACAGGUGAUAAACCUUAUAAAUGUGAUGUGUGUGGGAAGGCAUUCUCUGAUUCAAGUUCAUUUCAAAAACACAAGAGGACACAUACAGGUGAUAGGUUUAAAUGUAGUGUCAGUGGGAAGUUAUAUGGCCAGUCGGUAAUUAGUUAAUAUAUAGCAGAGAUGCAUGAGGAUACACGGGAAAAACAGUCCAAAUUUAUAUGCAGGUGCUUAAUGAUGACAAUGAAAUACUAUUCUUGCAGAGACAUGUAAGAAAUUAUGCAAGUUGCAACAGAACGAGCUACUUAGCUGAAGGACGUGUAUAUUUAUUAUAUUUUGAGAAGAAAUUUAUUCCCAUAUAUGAGAUUUCUGAUGAAAUAUGAGUUGUAAAUAAACGGUUUAAAUGAAACUUACAGGACCUUUGGACAAACAUUCUUUAUCUAUGUCAUUAUGAAUUAAAUCAAUUAGAUUUUUCUUGAGCUAAUUUCAAAAUGAAUGCAUGCAUGUCAUGAGGUUAAUCUAAUUUUUCA